UACAAAACAUGUCUCGCAAGGCGUUUGCCGCUGUGGGUAGCUUAGGCCACACACGAAUGCCUCCGCGGUUUGACGCCGUUUGCUCGCGCAUUGCCAUCGCUACUUGCAGUGCAAUCCUCUGCGCUGACUGUAUCUUCCAUGCGACCUGUGACUUGCUCCGCAUCAACUUUUCCACCUCUGUAUGCUCAUAUCAUGUUCUUUGCAGGCCAUUGAUCGACUCGCUAACACAUGGCCUACUUAAGUUUGUCUGACAGGCUCUUGGUCGCCCGUCAAGCAUCGUUCGAACCUCGCGGUGUGUUAUCACGGGACUAGGUUAUCCUCGUGCAUAGAUGUUGGCUGUGUUCCAAGGCUUAAACAUUGCAGUCAGGU